CAACAACGCAAUCUACUACAACAGCGCCACCUACUACAACAGCGCCAACUUCUACAAUUACCACAACCAGUCUAGAUGAAUGUGCGGUUGGUAGUGACAACUGUAGUCCCAAUGCAACAUGUACUGACACAAUUGCAUCAUAUGAAUGUACCUGUAAGCAAGGUUUCCAAGGAGACGGAAUUACCUGUGAAGAUGAAGACGAAUGCACACAAGACGUGUCCUGUCAUCCACAAGCCACAUGCGAAAAUACACUGGGAUCUUAUACUUGUAAAUGUCAAGUUGGCUAUGAAGGCGAUGGGGUGUCUUGCUCUGACGUAGAUGAAUGCAAAAGUGGUGAAGAUAACUGUCACCCAUUGGCCACAUGCGAAAAUACAAAUGGAUCAUUCACUUGCGAAUGCCCAAAUGGUUAUGAAGGCGAUGGGGUAUCAUGCACCGAUAUAGAUGAAUGUGCAGCUGGACAAAUGGACGCCCUGAUGGAAACACCAGCAGGUUUACCAUGCAACUCAGAUGCUACCUGUAAUAACACACCGGGGUCAUAUACCUGUGAAUGUAACCAAGGAUUCAAAGGGGAUGGAGCAACGUGUGAAGAUAUCAAUGAAUGUGAAGAUAAUAUGUGUGGCAAAAAUGCAACAUGCUUCAAUGAGCCUGGUUCUUAUAUGUGUCAAUGUAAUUUGGGAUUCAGGGGUAAUGGAUACAUAGCAUGUGAAAACAUAAAUGAAUGUGAAGAGAUUCAACCGUGUCAUACAGCAGCUAACUGUGAAGACACAAUAGGUUCAUUUAUAUGUAUAUGUAAAGCUGGGUAUAGUGGUAAUGGAACCGUAUGUAACGACAUAGACGAAUGUAAAAAUGGUAAAGACAAGUGUGACAGUAAAGCCUCCUGCGUUAAUACAGAUGGAGGAUUUAGAUGUAUGUGUUUGGAAGGAUAUAAAGGAGAUGGCGUCACAUGUACAGACAUUAAUGAAUGUGUAGAUGGCACACACUACUGUGAAUUUAACACUUCCUGUUUGAACACUGUUAAUGGUGGUUACACCUGUCCUUGCAAAGAAGGCUACACUGAAACCACAUGUAAAGCUGAUUGCGAUCAUUUACGAUUUGAUAUGUCUGGUGAAUUAAUGGGUAAGGCUCUAAUGGGAAUCUAUGACAUCCAGACUAACAAGCAGAAUGAUCGAGCUAUAUACAAACACCGACAAGAGGAGUAUUACCUGUAUAGCUUCUUGAAUAGAGGAAUAUAUCACUGGGGGGUUGGAGUAACUGUAGACAUUAAUGGAACCGAUGUAAUACUGAUGUGGGAAAGCACUGAACAGACACCGGUUGAUACUGGAAUGGACUGGUUUAUUUGGAAUAAUAACACCAGCAAGUGGCGACCUGCAGCUAUCAAGAUAACAUGCUGGCCUGAUGAAACUGCCGUCUGUUGUGAGGAUGUCAACGAAUGUUUGAAUUCAGAAUUGAAUACAUGUGCACUUAAUGCUGAGUGCACAAAUGUUGAUGGCUCCUUUGGAUGUUCCUGUAUGCCAGGCUAUUCAGGAGAUGGUAUCAUUUGUGUAGACAUUGAUGAGUGUGCAACAGGUCAUCAUAAUUGCGAUGAUAAAGCAAAUUGUAAAAAUACUAUUGGUAGUUUCAUAUGUGCAUGUAUAGAUGGUUAUGAAGGCGAUGGGUUUACAUGUUCAGAUAUUGAUGAAUGUAAAACGGGGACUGCAGAUUGUGACACAAAUGCAGUAUGCUACAAUAUAGAUGGAAGCUUUAUAUGUUCCUGUAAUGAAGGCUAUUCAGGGGAUGGUAGAACAUGCAAAGAUGUGGAUGAGUGUAACCCAAGUCUUUUACCAUUUCCAUCUUUUGGGAUGAACGACCCUCUUCCUAUUGGCCCUAUUAUAGAUAUUCUUAGAGCAUGUGGGGCUAAUGCCGAUUGCACAAAUACCCCAGGAUCAUUUGAAUGUACGUGUCAAGAAGGAUUUGUGGGGGAUGGUUUUAAAUGCGAUGACAUUGAUGAAUGUUUCGAGAAUUCUCACAAUUGCCAUAUUGACGCUGACUGCCAAAAUACUGAAGGGUCAUAUGACUGCAUUUGUAAAGCUGGAUAUUCUGGGGAUGGAACCACUUGCAAAGAUAUUGAUGAGUGUGUUCUAAGAACUGCGAACUGUGACGUAAAUGCAGUAUGUUAUAAUACUAGAGGGAGCUUCAUAUGCACAUGUAACCUAGGCUGGACAGGCAAUGGUCGAGAAUGCUCAGACAUAGAUGAAUGUAACCCUAGUCUUAAUCCAUUGCCACCAUUUAUGAUGAUGGAUCCUAUACCAAUAGACUUUGGGGUUAUUGAAACUAUUCUGAAUGUAUGUGGAGAACACGCUGACUGUUUUAACACAGCUGGAUCAUUUACUUGCCGGUGUCAAAAGGGCUAUAAAGGGGAUGGAAUGAAAUGUGAGGACAUCAAUGAAUGUGAGGGUAAUCACGGGUGUGAUCCAAAUGCUGAUUGUAUAGACAUACCCGGUGAUUAUGAAUGUAGAUGCACGGAUGGAUUUGAAGGAAAUGGUACAACAUGCACUGACAAGAAUGAAUGUCAAAUGGGGCAUGGCUGUCAUGCCUUUGCAACGUGCCAUAAUACUGCUGGUGGAUAUCAGUGUAAAUGUAACAAUGGAUUCGAAGGCGAUGGCUUUGUUUGCAUUGAUAUCAAUGAGUGCAUGGAGGAAUCUGACGAUUGCCACAUGCAUGCAACAUGUACCAACUCAAACGGAUCAUUUACGUGCAAGUGUAACAUAGGCUAUGAAGGGGAUGGAAUAUCCUGUGUAGAUAUUGAUGAGUGUGCAGAUGGGAAUGCUCCCUGUGACACCAAUGCACAUUGUAUAAACAUAGCAGGAGGAGCCAAGUGUUUAUGUAAAGAAGGAUGGACAGGGAAUGGGUUUUCUUGCUCAGAUGUUAAUGAAUGUCAAGUUCCAACCACUUGUGAUGCAAACGCUAACUGCGAAAACAGCAUUGGUUCAUAUACAUGUACAUGCAAAGCAGGAUUUACAGAAAGUGGGGCCAAGUGUAUUGAUGUUGAUGAGUGCGAUGAACAAAUUGAUGAUUGUAGUGUAUAUGCACUAUGUAUUAAUAGAAUCGGGACAUACAACUGCACAUGUAAAGAUGGCUUUUUAGGAGAUGGGAAAAUAUGUCAAGGUUGCAGAGUACCCGGACCUCUUGAGAAUGGUAACGUUGGAGUUGAAGGAUUGACUGAUGAGGAAAUUGAAAUGGAAGGAGAAAGAAAUCUACCAGAUGGAAGUAUUGCCAACUUCUCCUGCAGAGAAGGUUUUAUGUUGUUAGGUUCGAGCUCGCGCAAAUGUGUUACUGGUAUAUGGACGGGAGAUGAUCCGAGUUGCUUUCCAAGUCCAGAAGACACGAGAGUUUGUAUUCAAUUUGAGCCACCAAGGCAUGCAGAAGUUGCAUUUACAAACGAUGGCAUAUCCGAAGGGAGCACAGUGACAAUAUCGUGCAAGAAAGGAUUCAAGCUUAAGGGGACUGGUAUUAAAACAUGUGUGAAUGGAUCUUGGAUUGGUGCAGAUGUCUUUUGUAAAGUCAAUCGAAUAUUAUUAGAAGCUAACUGUGACUGGCCAUUAGAUAUAGAAGCAGUACAAAGUGGCUCUAUUACAAGCCCAGAGCUUCAUGCAAACAGCAAGAUAACCUUCCCAGAGUCAAUUCCUUUCUUCGACACACCAGGCAAGGAACUGUAUAUCAGUGUUGAUGGCUAUAUGAGCUUUAACAACAUUUUACCAGAUCUAAAUACAAGUACAUUCUUUGCAAACGCAGUGAUAGCUCCAUUUUUAGUGCAGCAGAGAGUGUCUGGUCAAAACAGUGGCGUGCAUUACAAAGUUUAUGAAACAAUGAAUGGUGAUGACAACGAACGUGAAGACACACUAGACGAGCUAUCAUGUAUAACAGGUCAGAUCAUGUUACACAUGAAGGUACCUGACUUUGAAGCAACCACUGCGUUAGUUGUAACAUGGCAGAGGAUGGAGUUGGCAGAUGAUAUAGAAAGAAAUUCAAGACUGACAUACCAAGCUGUCGUAGCAACUGAUUUCAGUGACUCCUAUCUUAUAUUCCAAUACAUCAACACUAGUAUUGAGGAUUCAGAGGGAGUCACUGUACUAGGGGGUGUAACAGUAGGUAAUGGUGAGGAUAACUUUAUGAUGAGGACAUCUGGAACUAGGAAUAUGUUCGCUCUUGAUGACACUGAUGGGAAUGGAAACAGUAGAGGUCAAACCAAACCUGGAAGAUGGUUUUUUAACAUGACUAAGAAUAGGAACUACACUUCACCAGAAGAGAAAUGUAUGUCAUUCCUGUCAAAGGAAGAUCGAAAAUACAUCAGGAGAAAUCUGUUGAAGAACACGGAGCCAUGUCCGUGUACAAAUAAAGAGCUCAGGGAAAGCACCUUAUUUACUCCAUCCAGAACAAACAACAUAUCAGAGUGUUAUAUAUUAAAGGAACCGUCUAAAGUCGGCACCGGGCAGGAGUGCUGUUACUAUCACGGAGAAGGCAAAAGACUUGGUAAAUUAGAAAGGACCGCAAUAGUUGAAUCUGGCUACUUCCAGCGCUACCAUAGUCUAACAUAUCCAACUUUACAUGAACAUUUGGACUUAGCACCAUUUCGAUAUUGUUGUGUACUAACUCAAAACUGUCAUUUAUUUAAAUCUGUACGACCGAUGAAUAGUUGUUUAAAGAGAGAUUUGGGGAAUAAAAGAAAAGGUUAAAACACGUCCUUAGAUGUAAUAUGAGUUGGUUAAACUGGUAGAAAAUCAAAAGGCACAUAGCUUUAACGUUUUGUAGUGGAUGAUUAUGUAUGUGUAAGGUGGUUCAGUUUAACAAACCUACAGAACACACAUUUAAUUUUUAGAGGUCACUAACUAUUCCUGUUUUAGAUACCCAUUUGAUACAACAUACCCGUUAUGAUUUCCUCGUUUCAAGUUGUUACAAAAGGAUCGAUAUUAUUAAGUGGUUUAAGAGUUAAUUCAACAAACAUGUAUGCCAAAUAAAAUAUCCGAAAACUAUAUAAUAACUAUACAAUAAAAUAUUUAAUUAAUAUGGAAGUUAAU